AUGCGUUCUUUUGCUGAUAACAUGUCUUUACAACGUCAUUAUUUAUGGAGAACAUAUGCUUCAGGUGAUAUCGGAGGUAAAGAUGAUAUUCGAAAUUGGGGUAUGAAUAAUGAUGAUUGGGUUAAGCUUUGUGACAUAAAUUUCGUGAAAAGAUAUAAUAAUCCUGAACCUUUACAACAUUUUAGGAGGUUGGCAUAUUUCAGAAGACAAGGUUCCAAUGCAACAAAAGCUAUAGAAAAUCUAAAAAUCAAAGAAGAAAUGCAAUGGGAAGAUUCACAUGAAUCUAUGGAUCCAUCCUCAGUUGAUUUGCAUAAAUUUUAUUCGGCAAAACAAUGGGAAGCAGUACAUAGUCUUGUCCAAUCAAUAGGUUUCAGAGAUAUAGAUGAUAUGAAUAUUCUUUCUGGUGAUGAUGUGACUAAGACUUUUGAGCAAUCACAAGAAAAAAUUGUUAAAAUUCGAGAAGAUGCAUUAUUGCUCUUUGGUUUUAAGACCAGGGCUAAAGGAAUGCCAGAUCUCAAUGCUACAGUAAAAUUUAUUAAUGCAAUACUAGGUAAUUGGUGUGGUUAUACUGUCAAGAGCGGACGAAAAAAAGAAGGACCUAAGGGUCAACAAGUAUGGAAAAGCACUUAUUGGAUUCAUCGUGUGCCAGAUAAUGGAGCUGGUUUUGAAACUCAAGAAAGAAUAAAGGCUAUAAAGUUGAAUGUUCCUAAUUAUCAUCUUACAGUUCCAGUUCUUCCACCAUAUAAACCUGAAUCAGCUAAUGAAACUCAAAAACUUUUUGAUUCAAUACCCAUAUGUCUUAACACUAGCUCUGCUAUUACUACUGAUAUCAUUAUUUCAGAAGAAGCAAAACUUCAAUGCUCUAUAUUAUCCAGUAAUGAGAUUUGUAAAAAGAGUUCUUGCGAUAAUAUAACUGAAAAAUCCGAGAUUCAAAAUCAAUCAAAUGAUUCUGAACAAUUCUCAAGCAUUACUGAAGCUAAGAUUGAGAUACCUGAAUCCUUAAUUUCUUUAUCUUCGGAAUUUCUUAUUAAAAACAAAUCUGAUGUAGAUAUUCUUAUAUUUUAUUUACAGCAAAAAUUUCAAAUGCCUCAAGAAAGACUGGAAAAAUGGAAAAAUAAUAUUUUAUUUGAAAUGCGGGAUAACCAAAAUUACUGGAAAAAAGAGCGUGAGAGUAUGAGUGAGGCCGAGUUCUUGGAAUAUAAACGAAACUUUGAGGCUAAAAUGAAAGUUCCUACUACUCCGCAUAAAAAAGAGCUGAAAAAUAAAUCUUUAGUCUUCAUUGAAUAUGCGUAA